AUGACGAGAGUAACCCGCUUACGGCGAAGAGAGCCGCACGCCGAUGUCCACUCCGAAGACGAAGAAGACACAACGAUCGCACAGGGACUUCUUGUUCUGAGCGACAUAUCACAGUCCGAUGUCUCAUCCGACGAGGACGACGCAGAUUCAGAAUUAACACCAAGUGAGGGUGAAGAGGAAACGCCGGAACGUAUCUCUGAGCAUUCGCCAGAGAAAUCUGGCCAUGAGUCACCAAAAGACGACGUCGUGGAAGAGACUCACGCUGAAGUUAGCAUUGACGAAGAAGCAGGAACCGAAGACACCCAUUCAGAAAAAGGCGUGCAGAAAGAAAAAGAAAUAACAGACAACGAUCUAUCAAGGCCUCCUACAGCGUGGGAAAAAAAAGUUCAAGCAAGACAGGAGUACCGUAAGAAACUAGCGGAGGAUCCGGCGUUUGUACCUCAUCUUGGGGAAUUCUGGGGCCAUGAUGACCGCUUCAUGGACGAUGGUCUAAAGAAUGACUCUUUUCGUCGUCGUAGCCAGCUUCCAUUUGCAUCAAAAGGCAAAGACGGCUGGGAUUAUGUCGACGGCCCAUCCCCGGCUGGAAAAUGGGGUCAUGAUGGUUUUGAAGAGCUGAUGAAAAUGGAAGCCGAAGAAGAAAAGAAGUAUCCAUCGAUCAACAGAGGUCAUAAUCAGUUUCCUCGUCCUCCACCACAUGGGCCAUUUGGUAGCAGACGAUCACUUCCACCGCAAUUCGAGUCAACACGUCAUUUUUCACAGAAACCACAAGAAUUUCGUCGUCCGCCUCCACGUCCAUCAGAUAGCGUACGUUCGAUUCACUCACAACCAACACCAAAAUCCGUUGAAUCAACCUUCAAUGGUCGAUCUCAUGGCAUGCACAAUAAUAAUCGAGGACAACCAAGAAACUUUGUCAACAGUCAUAGGCCAAAAUUCGUGAGCGAACCUCGUAUGCAUUUUCAGCAGCCGCCUAAUAACUUUAAUACAAUGCGAAGUCCGGCCAAUGUUAACCAAAAAUUCAAGAAACGUCAGGACUAUGGGAGACUCAAUUUCGAUCGUCAUAAACCCCGAAAUAACAGGGAUGUAAAUUCUGAAGUUAAGCAAGUUCCUGUUGGAACGGAAGACCCAGUAGUUAUUGGGAAAGUAGAGAUCGAGGAUAUAGCUGUAGACGAAAAAGAUAAUAUUAAUAGUAUUGAUAAUCAAGACAAGGGAAACUUUGACCGAGCAGAGAAAGCUAAUGACGACGCUGAGGCUUCUAAACCAGAGUCAUCUACCAACACCGAAGCAACGAAAGAUGUGGAAUCUGUGACGACUGAUAGGACAACAGUACAGCCUCCUUCGGAGAAUGAUACUGGAGAGGACAAUGAGGAGGACGAUUUACUACAGUCUCAAGAAUCAUCUGACAUUGAAAUAAUACUAGAACAUCCAAAAUCGCCAAAUAAUGCUCUUCAAGAUUAUGUCCAACGUCUUCAAGAAUCAACUCAUCAUGGUUCAGUUGUUACGCAAGCGCCGUCUCUAGAUUUAUCAGAUAAGGACGUUGAACACGAGAGUAAUGCUCAUAGAACACCAACAGUACGCGUAACAUUGCCGGUGACCGGGGAACUCGUUGAAGUGCCAAUUGCUAAGCAUGAGGUUCUUGCACAAGCAGAAAAGACCGUUGUUGAAACAGAUCGCGGACAGUCCGCACAGUCAGCGUCCAAGCGAUACUCAACGCGUCGGGCAGCUGCUACUGCCACCGCCAAUACGGUGCCUUCAUCUCCCGAGAAGGAUGCACAAGCUAAGAUAGAAACGAAAGGGUCUAUCCCAGCGUCCGCAAUAUAUGCCAAACCAUUCCAACCCCGCUCCUUGACUAACCAAUCGGAGCCACUUGCAGAGUCUGAACGUUCAGCUGAUACCGAGAAUACCACAGAAGUUUACGACUCUAAUGAUGGCAAUGAUAGUUACUCACCCGAUCACCCUAAUUAUCAAGGGCCUUCUUAUGAGCAUCCUCCAAUUACAUAUCCACAAGAUGGUACAGUGCCAAUGCCGUAUUAUACAGACCCGAACGGCACGGUGUAUUACUAUGAUCCCAACGUAUACUAUUAUUUCCCAUCGUACCCUCCACCAUAUGUGCCUGGGACAAGCAAUCCACCUACCAACCAAUACGUGCAAACAGGCUAUGCGAAUGGCCAUUAUGAUGGAAAUGGUUACAUGUAA